UUUUAGUGCACUCCCGACUUCCUGUCUUCUCGACGGGCGAACGGCGAACGACGAAUACAAUCUUCGGCAUCUGGAGCAAAGCGAUAGUCGGCCUGCUCGCCCUCGUCUGGUCGUUCUACUUCAGGAUCUUCCUUUACAAUCAAGCACCACCGGAAAUGAGCGCGACGCACCAGCUGCUCAAGACCAUCGUCGUGCCUCCCGCCUCGGGCAAGCGGGCGACGGCGACGCUCAUCUUUGCUCACGGCCUUGGCGACACGGGCGCAGGCUGGUACGAUGUGGCGCAGAUGCUCUCGGCGCGACCUGCGCUGCAGCACGUCCGCUUCGUGCUGCCCAAUGCGCCCGUGGUGCCCGUGUCGCUGAACAUGGGCAUGAAGAUGCCCUCCUGGUUCGAUAUCACGACGCUCGACGAUGUUCAAGGAGCGGAAGACGAGGCGGGCCUGCUCAAGAGCGCCGAUGCCAUCAAGGCCCUCGUCGAUGCCGAGAUCGACGGCUCGGCCUCGGGGCUCGAUGGCCAGGGCGUGGCGAGCGAGCGUGUUGUGGUCGGCGGCUUCUCCCAGGGCGGCGCGAUUGCGCUCCUGGCCGGCCUCACAAAGACGCCCUCCGUGGCGGGCAUCAUUGCCCUCUCGACGUGGCUCCCGCUCCGCGCCAAGCUCGUCGCCCCCUUUCUGCCCAGCCACGCCGAGACGCUCCCCGUCUUUAUGGGCCACGGCACCGCUGACCCCGUCGUCCGCUUCGACUUUGGCGAGCGCAGCGCAAAGUUUCUCCGUGCCGGCGACGGCGGCGGCCAGGGCCUCGGCCUCGGCAAGUUCAGGCAGACAGACGAGGGCAGAUGGCGGGGCGUCUGGCAGGAGGCCUACCCGGGCAUGCCGCACAGCGCCUGCGCAGAUGAGAUCGAGCACCUCGGCCAGUUUCUCGAAAAGGUCGUUCCAGCAUCUAGUGAUGAAUAGAUUACAUGCCUGUCUUGUUAGCUGCAACACAACAUCAUUGUCCGCCCCAGAGGGCAGUG